AUGGAACAAGCCCGAAACGUUAUAGCUACCGCUUUCUUCUGCCUUCUCUCGACAAUCUUCUACGUCGAAUGCUUUGUGGUUGCACCCAACUUCUUGGAGUAUCGUAGCUCUUCAUAUUACUGUGCCCUUUGUCUUGGUUUUUUUGCUUCAACUAACGUCCUAUACAACCUAAUUUGUAUGGUCUACACUGAUCCAUCUCUGGAUAAACUGAUGCUCAUCCAACGAUCUGGCCGAGACUGGUCGUAUUGUCUCAGAUGUGAAACAGUUAGACCACCUAGGGCCCACCACUGCAGUCAAUGUGACGUCUGUGUCCUGCGCUUCGAUCAUCACUGUACUUACUUGGCCCAGUGUGUUGGGCAUGCCAAUAUGGUAUACUUCAUUCGCCUCCUCUUCUACCUCGCCUUCUCCUGCUGCCUAGCCAGCAUUUUCAACGUGCCUUACGCACUCCACUUAAUCUACGACGGGUGGUCCCCAUGGCAGUGGUUACUCUGCAUGCUCAACCCCGUGCCCUUCAUCUUAAUGGGUUGGAUCUCCGCCAGUCAAUUUCUCUUCUGCCUUCUAACCUCCUUCUGUGUCAUCCUCGGACCCACAAUGUUCAUCCUCUUCCUCCAUCAUCUGCGUCAGAUUUUGCGGAAUCAGACAAGCGUAGAGGUACUCAUCUCGAAAGUGCAGAUUCCCACGCAGAUUAGGUAUGAGGAGCAUGACCUGAGGCCCCUGAGCUAUGACCGUGGAUGGAGGGCAAACUUAGAACAGGUGAUGGGUAAGCGGUGGCUCCUGGGAUUCCUGCUCCCCUGUCUUCCUGUUGUACGAUCUACGGAUGAACCUUUUCUCGGUCGCUGUGGACAUCAGCAUAGCCUCAGAUACAGACUUGGAGAAUUUCUGCAACGCAUUGACCCAAAUCACCAUCUAUUCUCGCAGCAGGAACAGGCUUUACUAGGAGAGAUCUACCGCAGUGAUCAAACGAUAGAGGAGGACGACAAUUACGUCUUCUGCGACUUACCACCAGCAAGAGUCGGAUGUAUAGUCGUCCACUUUAGACACUGA